GCUGGGCGCUGCUGGGCUGCGGCGGCGGCGGCGGCGGCGGCGGCGGCGGUUACUAUGGCGGAGUCGGCCGGAGCCUCCUCCUUCUUCCCCCUUGUAGUCCUCCUGCUCGCCGGCAGCUGCGGGUCCGGGCCCCGGGGGAUCCAGGAUGGAUCUGGGAGAGACGAUGAGGAUUGUAUUCGAUCCCCGAUGUACAAACCCUGGGCUUUGACUUCUCAGCAGCCCUUAACCUUCCAGCUAUGGGAGAUCAAGUGUGUGUUCUGUGGCUCUCCUCUCUACUAAAAAUAAUGAUUCUCAGCUCUGCAGUGUGCGUGUACCAGCUGCCUCCAGGCCAACUACACGUGUGAGACAGAUGGGGCCUGCAUGGUUUCCAUUUUCAACCUGGAUGGGAUGGAGCACCACGUGCGCACCUGCAUCCCCAAAGUGGAGCUGGUCCCCGCUGGGAAGCCCUUCUACUGUCUGAGCUCCGAGGAUCUCCGCAACACCCACUGCUGCUAUACCGACUUCUGCAACAAGAUCGACCUGAGGGUGCCCAGUGGUCACCUCAAGGAGUCUGAGCACCCUUCCAUGUGGGGCCCCGUGGAGCUGGUAGGCAUUAUUGCUGGCCCAGUGUUCCUCCUGUUUCUCAUCAUCAUCAUUGUUUUCCUUGUCAUUAACUAUCAUCAGCGUGUCUAUCACAACCGCCAGAGACUGGACAUGGAAGAUCCCUCAUGUGAGAUGUGUCUCUCCAAAGACAAGACGCUCCAGGAUCUUGUCUACGAUCUCUCCACAUCGGGGUCUGGCUCAGGGUUGCCCCUUUUUGUCCAGCGCACAGUGGCCCGAACCAUCGUUUUGCAGGAGAUUAUUGGCAAGGGCCGGUUUGGGGAAGUGUGGCGUGGCCGCUGGAGGGGUGGGGACGUGGCUGUGAAGAUUUUCUCUUCUCGUGAAGAACGGUCUUGGUUCCGGGAAGCAGAGAUCUACCAGACGGUCAUGCUGCGCCACGAGAACAUCCUUGGAUUUAUUGCUGCUGACAAUAAAGAUAAUGGCACCUGGACACAGCUGUGGCUCGUCUCAGACUACCAUGAGCAUGGCUCCCUGUUUGAUUAUCUUAACCGAUACACGGUGACGAUCGAGGGGAUGAUUAAGCUGGCCUUGUCUGCGGCUAGCGGGCUAGCACACCUGCACAUGGAGAUUGUAGGUACCCAAGGGAAGCCUGGAAUUGCUCAUCGAGACUUAAAAUCAAAGAACAUCCUGGUGAAGAAAAAUGGCAUGUGCGCCAUUGCAGACCUGGGCCUGGCUGUCCGCCACGAUGCGGUCACAGACACCAUCGACAUCGCCCCAAAUCAGAGGGUGGGGACCAAGCGAUACAUGGCCCCCGAAGUGCUCGAUGAAACCAUUAACAUGAAGCACUUCGACUCCUUCAAAUGUGCUGAUAUCUAUGCCCUCGGGCUUGUAUACUGGGAGAUUGCUCGAAGAUGCAAUUCCGGAGGAGUCCAUGAAGAAUAUCAGCUGCCAUAUUAUGACUUAGUGCCCUCUGACCCUUCCAUUGAGGAAAUGCGAAAGGUCGUAUGUGACCAGAAGCUACGUCCCAACAUCCCCAACUGGUGGCAGAGUUAUGAGGCACUCCGGGUGAUGGGGAAGAUGAUGCGGGAGUGUUGGUACGCCAACGGCGCGGCCCGCCUCACCGCUCUGCGCAUUAAGAAGACCCUCUCACAGCUCAGCGUGCAGGAAGAUGUGAAGAUCUAAGCCUCUCCCUCCCUUGCACGCAGCCCCGGGCGGCGGGAACUACACACGCAGCUGCCCUGUUGAGCGUACGAUGGAGGCCUACCUCUCGUUUCUGCCCAGCCCUCUGCGGCCAGGAGCCCUGGCCCGAGAGAGGGACCGAGCCCGGGAGACUCCCUCACUCCCAUGUUGGGUUUGAGACACAGACACCUUUUAUAUUUACCUCCUGACGGCAUGGAGACUCUGAGAGCCAACGGUGUGGAGAACUCGAUGCCACAACUCGAACUGGCUGUGGUGGGAAGUCCCGCAAAGCCCGGGGCACCUGGCGGGUGGCCGGGAGGACCCAGGAGAGGCCGAGUGUCGCCAGUGCCCAGCAGCACUGAGGGUUUUCCUCCCGGGACCAGCCAACCCCAGCACUCCGAGGUGGCCCAGAGGCACCGCAAAGUACAGCCCCCUCUCACAGGCAGCUCUGGACCCCGGGCUCCCCUCCUCCCUCCCGCGGACAUCUGGAGGGACCGCCAGUGGGGACAGGGUCUGCCGCCUGUCUGUCCAGCCGUGUGUGUGUGUGUGCGCGCGCGCAUGUGCCGAGGUGUGUCCCCUGUUGUGCCUGGUCUGUGCCACGCCCUUACACGUGUGUGUGUGUGUGUGUGUGUGUGUGUGUGUGUCGGUGCGCACUUACCUGCUUGAGCUUUCUGUGCAUGUGCAGGUCGGGGGUGUGGUGGUCAUGCUGUCUCUGUGCUGGUGUCUCUGUUCUGUAGUGAGCAGCAGCCAGUUUCCCCGGUGCCCUUCCCAGAGGUCUCUCUCCCGGCCAUGAACCCCAGAACCCCCAUGCCACAGUGGGGCUCCCUGCCCAGCAGGCUGCUCCACCCGCCCCUGUGUCGACACCUCCAUUUCAGACUGUGGAACCAAAGCUGGCCCAGUUGUCCCUGUCAGGCGAGGCUUUGGGGUCCAAAUGGGAGGCGGGGGGUGGGGGGGCGGGGAGAGAAUCUUGGCAGAAGUCUCGGGUGUUGCGGUCAGUGGCAACCGUGGGAAAUGAGCCAGCCCAAGGGCAUCGUCCUCAACGGCAUCAAGGAAGGGCCAAGGGAUUUUAAGCCCACAUCCUGGGACUCAGAUUGGAAUGUCACAUCUGUCUUUCAUAUCCCAGAUUCUGGACACAGCAGUGUAUAUUUUUGGUGGUGAUGGGUUUAGGGUGGGGAAGGGAGAGGGGGGCAAGGAGUGGGGAGGGAGUCGGGGGUGGGAGGGAGGCAUCUGCAUGGGUCUUUUACUGGAUUAUCUGAUCACGGUGGAGGGAAGAUGUGAGAUUUGCACCCACUUCAGGGGCCCUAUGAAAGGGAACAGCCCGAGCCAAAUCUGUUCUUUUAACCUGAGUAUAGUAUUUAAUGACGUCUAGAAGCACGGUUGUGGGUGGUGGUUUGCUCAGCAUCUCUUAGGUAUAUCAUAACUUUGAAGCCAUAACUUUUAAACUGGAGUGUUUUGGGUUGUUUUCUUCCUUCUUUCCUUCCUUCCUUCCUUUUUCUUUUUCUUUUCUUUCUUCUUUCUUUUUUCCUUCCUUCCUUUCUUAAUUUUAUUGGAAGGAUCUGAAUUUUAACUUUUUUUAAUAUUGUUAAGUUUUUAUAAAAGGAAAACCAUCUCUAUGUGAUGAUUACCUCUCAAUCUCUUUGUUUUUAAAGAAAUUCCUACAAAACAACGACAAAAAAAAAAAAAAAUCCAAUCAAACGCACAUAGCUUAAUCACACUGGAAAUGUUUGUCCUUGCACCUGAGCCUGUUCUCACUGAGCAGCGAGAGUUCCUCCCUCUUUGCCCUGGAGGUUAGUCUCUCUUGCACUGUGCGCCCCCUCCCCAGCCCCCAGUUCUGUGAGUGGUUUUUGCAUCAGGGCCCUAGACCUUUGUGCAUUGUUCAGCUGGUUGCGCCUUUUCCUCCAGGCGCUUAUUUAACGGAUGUUCGCUGAGUGUCUGUUGUGUGCCAGGCCCCGUGCUGGGCGCUUGGGAUACGUGAUGUGAGCAAGACAGACGUGGGUCUCCCUCUUGGAGCACUGAGGAAGGGGCUCAUUCAGGUUGGUGGGUGCCUGUUUCAAGACCAGAAGUUUGUAUAGUUGGUUCUGAGAGCCUUUUGAGCCUGGAAUGAUUGCUCUUAGAGAAGACCACUGAGGAGCAGGAUGCCUCCCCACCCCAAAGAGCCCGGUGGUGGGCAGUGAGACCCUAAAUCACUGCAUUCAUUCUGAGCCCCCCUCCUGCCCCCAGGGGAGGCAUAUGAUGUAUGCAGCCUAAGAGCAUGCCCGCCUCCAGCCCAGUGAUUCUCUGCCAAAGCUUGUGGAGGAGGGGCGAGUCUCCCUGCUUACAUGGGUCUCCCAAAUGCUCCUGGUCUUCCUAUUUAUUUUCUUGAUGUGUUGCUUCUUUCCUUGCAUUAAAGGAGAUCUUCACCUCACCCUUUGGGCCAAUUUACUGGCUACUGACUAAUUUCCCUUGAAUACCAAUUGUGUCAUUAGGGGGACCUUCUUUCCCCACCCCUGCUGAUUCUCCCCCCCCCCGCCCCCCCCCCGCCCCGCCUGUCUGCCCUGCAGCAGAACCUGGCAGGAUAGAGGCGGUGAUGGAACUUAGACUCCUGUGCCCCAGUCACAACCAGCCUCUGGGAUCUGCCAACACUCCUCGACCCAGGGACUCCCAAGCCACUAGCCUGUCCCCCAGGGGGCCCUUCCGGCCUCACCGCACCUUGGGGAAGACUGAGCAGUUUUUUGGGAAGCCCCCACCCCUAUCCCCACCACUCUGAACACCAAGAGUUAGGAGUUGGGAGAGCUGGGGAGAAACUAAAGCCUAAAGCCGUGGUUUUUGGCCCCUGGGGCUAACCCUGAUCCAUAGGGCUACCUGCACCUCUGGAUUCUGGAUUCACAGACCAAGUCCAAGCCCGUUCUUACGUCGCCAUCAAGGCCCCCGAACGGCAUUCUCGGUACUUCUGUUUGUUUUUGUACAUUUUAUUAGAAAGGACUGUAAAAUAGCCACUUAGACACUUUACCUCUUCAGUAUGCAAAUGUAAAUAAGUUGUAAUAUAGGAAAUCUUUUGUUUUAAUAUAAGAAUGAGCCUGUCCAAUUUCUGCUGUACAUUAUUAAAGUUUUAUUCACAGA